AUGCAGCAGCAGCGGCCAGCGUUCGCCGCGGGCGCGCGCCUGGCCAGGCCCGCGCUCGGUGUUGCCCGGCCGGCGCGCACCUCGGCGGUGCGUGUGCGUGCGGCGGCGGAUAACAAGGUGCUGCCCGCUGUCCUCAGCACCUUUGAUGACGAGGUCAAGGAGCAGAGCCGCAAGUACAGGCGCACGGUGGGGCCGCGGCAGCGGGGCGGGCGGGCCAGAUGGGAGGGGCUGGGCGGCGAGGGUUGCCUGUUUGUGGCCGCG